AUGCAAACAGCUGCACAUCAUUCCAUAACCUGUUACUUACCUAGCAGGUAUCACUCUACAAAAACAUGGAUGAAAAUUAGAAACCCAAACCAAAUUCAAACCCAACUUUCCAAAAGACCUAAUUUGAUUAUUGGAGCUCAAAAUGGUCAGAAGUUCGGAUCUUUUAUCAGACCCACAUUGUUUCUUGACCCAAAAACCAAGAUUUUUGCAAUCCCAGAUGAUGGCCACCUUUCAUCUGUCUGUGUUUCAGAAGACAACAAAAACCCAAACCCAAACCAAGAACCCGAUCCGGAACCAUUAUUCAGCAAAUGGUCACCUCCAAGAUACCUAUGGAGAGGACUAUCCGUAUUCAUCUUGGCGGGUCAAGUAAUAAUCCGUAUCCUGAAAGGCAAAAUCCACUGGAUAAACACCCUCCAACAGCUAGAAAGAGUGGGUCCAAAAUCAGUAGGUGUGUGUCUGUUAACCUCAGCAUUUGUAGGCAUGGCCUUCACAAUCCAAUUUGUUCGCGAGUUCACCCGGUUAGGACUCAACCGGGCCGUGGGUGGGGUCCUAGCCCUAGCCUUCACGCGGGAGUUAUCCCCCGUGAUCACCUCCAUCAUAGUGGCGGGCCGUAUCGGGUCGGCAUUUGCUGCUGAAUUAGGAACAAUGCAAGUGUCUGAACAGAUUGAUACAUUAAGGGUUUUAGACACUGACCCUGUUGACUAUUUGGUUACCCCUCGAGUGAUUGCUUCUUGUGUGGCUUUACCCUUUUUGACCCUCAUUUGUUUCACUGUUGGGAUGGCUUCUAGUGCGAUUUUGGCUGAUGGGGUUUAUGGGAUUAGUAUUAAUAUUAUAUUGGAUUCGGCUCAAAGGGCACUUAGGUCAUGGGAUAUAAUUAGUGCCAUGAUUAAGAGUCAGGUUUUUGGAGGGAUUAUAUCUAUUGUCAGCUGUGCUUGGGGGGUUACUACUUUGGGUGGUGCUAAAGGUGUUGGUGAAUCCACUACUUCUGCUGUUGUUAUUUCUCUUGUUGGGAUUUUUAUAGCCGAUUUUCUGCUAUCAUAUUGGUUUUUUCAGGGAGCUGGUGAUUCCCUCAAGAAUUUAUCGCGUCUGAGCCCUAGCAGUAACCAAGCGGAGCAGCUGCGUUUCAUCCUUGAAAUCGUUUCAAUCCACCCUUCGGCCGUCGCUCUUAUGGCUCGAUUUCUAUCGAGAUCCACUCGCCAGCUAAUUGGCAGCCAAUACGUUCUGCAACCACAGCAACAUGUAGUCCCAGUUCGCUCCUUUGCCAAAGAGGCUUCCCCUAAAGCUCUUAAGGGUGAUGAAAUGUUGAAGGGUAUAUUUCUUGAUGUGAAGAAGAAAUUUGAAACAGCUGUUGGAGUUCUUCGCAAAGAGAAAAUUACUAUUGAUCCUGAAGACCCUGCUGCAGUUGAUCAGUAUGCCAAAGUCAUGAAGACUGUAAGGGAAAAGGCAGACCUGUUUUCAGAGUCACAGAGGAUCCAAUUCACCAUCAAGUCAAGAACUGAUGGAAUCCAGGAUGCUAGGUCUUAUCUGUUGGUUUUGAAGGAUAUUCGUCUCAAGAGAGGGCUUAGUGAUGAACUAGGUGCAGAGGGUAUGAUGAUGGAUGCACUUGAGAAAGUGGAGAAGGAAAUUAAGAAGCCACUUAUGAGGAAUGACAAAAAGGGAAUGGCUCUCCUCACUGAAGAAUUCAACAAGAUCAACCAAAAGCUUGGAAUACGGAAGGAAGACUUGCCAAAAUACGAGGAACAAUUGGAGAAAAAGAUUGCCAAGGCACAACUGGAAGAGCUGAAGAAGGAAGCUCUUGAAGCUAUGGAAACACAGAAGAAAAGGGAGGAGUUUGCUGAUGAGGAAAUGCCGGACGUGAAGUCUCUGGACAUCCGGAACAUGCUUUGAUUUGAAAAGCAUUCAUUCGGGUUUGGUUUUUAAUAAUAUAAUCUGCUCAUUUUGAUGUGAGGCAUUCAAGUUUUAUGAAGAUGAUGAUGAUGAUGAUGAUGAUGAUGAUUAUAUCCUCUGUGCUGUUGUGUCUACCCUAUCAAAAGUAGUUGCCUCCAAUCAUGAAUAAAUGUUUGAUUUUUGGAACUCAAAAUUCUCGUCCCCAACUUAUUUAAAUGUUGUUUUUUAUAUAUAUAAAAACUCAACGGCUUCAAGAUUUUUCUUCCAAUCGGUUUUACGGGCCUCAUAUAUAUUGAGGCAUGGAAAUAUGAUUAUUGAAAAGGGCUUGUGUCAUUUUUCUUUGGGUGUCCUCAUCCAUUGGUUUUAGGGUUGAUUUACUCAAUAGUGUUACUGUCUAUGUCUGAUAUUGGCGUUAAUGAUUCUUCU